AUGGAGGUUGAUGGCGCUCAAGGAGUAUAUGAUCCACCUAAGCAGCCUGAACAACCUAGUGAUAAGUUAGAGAAUGAGGAAUCAAUGGCAGGCGCUACCUGCCGUAUAUGCAGAGGUGAAGCUGUAAGUGACAAUGCGCUAUACCAUCCAUGUAAGUGUAAAGGAUCAAUCAAAUACAUUCAUGAAUCAUGUCUUUUGGAAUGGACUGCAUCCAAGAAUAUCGACGUGAGUAAACCGGGGACGACUGUGAAUUGUGACAUUUGUCAUCAUCCCAUCAACUUUAAGACAACUUAUGCUGAAAAUAUGCCAGAAAGAAUACCCUUGUCUUUGUUCCUAAAGAAAAGCACCAUUUCAUUUUUAAGCUUCUUAAAAGUUAAAGUCACAUCAAUUUUAGCAGGGUUUUUAUUCUGUUUUAUGACACUUUUAGUGUGGAAUGCUUUCGGUAAGAUUUACACGAUGUUGUUAGAUGGCGAAAUGCCCUAUCCAAACAGCUUCUACGACAGUGUUAUCUUUGGUUAUCGUUAUGAUAUUCCUGAAAAAAUCACAGACACUACUUAUGCCAUCCAAUUGGCUCUUAAUUACAGGUUUACCGCUUGGCAACUCUUUAUGGUGGUAGUUCUUCACAUUGGUCUUUACUUUCAAUACGAUAUGAUUGUUAGAGAAAGCGUGUUUGGUAAAAUGGUACUGCACAAGAUUGGGCCCCAAUUCACCAAGGAAGAACUUUUGAAAACUCAAUUAAAGGAAAGAUUUCCACUAAUGGAUGAUGAAACGAUUGAAAAUGUGGCUAAAAUAAUGAGAGCUAGAGACGAACUUCGUAAUAGCGAAGCUAUUCGUAAUGCUCUUCGUCUUGAUGAAGAAAACGACCCAGAAGUUCAACACAAUUCUGAACAAGACGAUGACAACGAGAGACCACCAGAAUAUGAACCUAGAGCUACAUCACCUCAUGUUCACGAAGAUGAUGAACUUACUGAAGAUGAACAGGACAAUGAAGGACCUCAAAUCAACCAAAAUUCUUUCCAAGGAACCCAUUUGUUUGGCCAAGGUCCAGGUCAAGAGGAACAAGACCGUCCUAAUGAUAUUUUGCCUCGUCCACAAGAAGUCUUUGAAAAUCACAGAGCACAGGCUCAAUUUGAUGAUAUGAUGGAUGCACGCAUGGCUGGUAAUAAUGAACAACAGCAGCAGCACCAACAAGAACAUGAGCAGGAACCAGCACAGGAACAGGAAGGGCCACAGCCACAUAACCAAAACGCACAAGACGAAGUACCCGAACAGGAAGAAGAACAACCACAGGUUUUUAAUGCAGAAAAUUUUGAGGAUGAGGAUGUAAACCAACAAUUACCACCUCCAAUCAUAAUAAACCUAAAACUGAACUUGUUCAAUGUACUUGCAUAUUUCUGUGUGGCUGUUGUUGUGAUCGCUGGAUACUUAGGUCUCUCAUACUUGAUCCCAACAUUCAUCGGUUAUGGACUCCUAAAAUGUUAUUUGGGCUUGAUAAAGAUUUUCUGCCAUGGUGCACUUCGUCUGUACUAUCUAUUGCGUCUUUCCAAGGCUCAUUCAUACGCUAUGGAUAAAGUGCCCUUUUACGAUUCAUUUAAUCAAUGGCUGAUUGGUGAUGUGGUUAGCUUUAUUACCGAGUACUACUACGGAUACACUAAAAAUACAAUGAAAUCUUCCAUCAUCAUCAGGAGCAUACCAGCAGUCACAUGCUAUGCGACCGCUAUUGGAUUGGUAAGCUUGGGUUCCGAAUGGAUCUCAAAAGGUUACAGUCGUACUAAUGGUAUGAGAAAUCGUACUAGAAGACUCGUCUUCCAAAUUUUAUUUGCCAUAAAAUGUACUUUCAAAGUUUUUACUCUUUUCUUCAUUGAACUUGCAGGUUUCCCCAUUUUGGCCGGAUUAUUGUUGGAUUUUGCCCUAUUUGCUCCCAUGUUGUCUCCAGGUAGUUACACUUGGGCUCCGGAAAUUUGUAAAUUUUGGCCACCUCUGAUCUUUUUCGUUUAUUGGACCGUUGGGACCCUUUACAUGUAUUGGUUUGCCAAAUAUAUCGGAAUGAUUAGGUUGCACAUUAUAAGACCAGGUGUUCUAUUCUUUAUCAGAUCUCCUGAUGAUCCAAAUAUCAAGAUUUUACAAGACAGUUUAAUCCAUCCUUUGAACAUCCAGUUAUCUAGACUGUUGUUAUCUAUGUUCAUCUAUGCUGUCUUCAUAAUUGUUGGAUUUGGGUUUCAUACAAGAGUUUUAUUCCCUCAUCUGCUACAGUCCAAGAUGCUUGUCACUUCCAAUUUAUUUUUCGAGAGUAAAGUUAAAACUUUAGAAUGUUUUAUUGCUCCAUUUUAUUUCACUAAACUGAUUAUCGAAUCCAAGCCAUCGGUCAAUUUAUACGUGAGAAAAUAUUGGAUUCGUGCAUUCGAUGUUUCCACUAGAAAACUUCGUCUUUCUUCAUUCAUUUUGGGUGGUGAAGUUCCUACUGAAAGAGGAUACAUUUUGUACCGUAAUCUGUUUUACAGAUUUUUCAAUGCAAAGAAGGCUCAGUGGUCAAAUCCUGACCUUUUCACUGCUCCUAAAACUUUGAGUCAGGCAAAUGAACUUUUCCGUAUGAAUUCUUCUGUUCAUGCGUAUUUCAUUCCUGAUGGUAUUUUAAUGCGUGUUCCCUCUUCAGAUAUUGUUUCGAGAAAUUAUGUCCAAACUCUGUUUGUACCUGUUACUAAGGAUGAUAAGCUAUUAAAACCUUUGGAUCUGGAAGCCAUUAAAGAAAGGAAUAGACAGAACUCCGGUGACUUCGGUUAUUUGGACGAACAGAAUACCGAAUUUGAUGGUUACUCAAUUGUUUACACCCCACCAAGUUUCAGAAUGAGAUAUUCCUUGCUCAUUGCUUUCGUGUGGUUAUUUGCCUCUGUUCUAGUCCUAUCCACGGCAAUUGGCUGUCAAUAUUUGGUAACAACUCUUAUCACGCCAGUUGUGUUUCUAGUGCUGUUGGGGACUUUUAAUCAAGAAACUGCCCGGGAAAGUACACUUUACAUGAUGAAACUGAAAUAUAAACAGCUCGACAUUUUCUUUGUUUGCGCGGGUGCUGUAUUGGGAUCUGUCUUAUUGGAAAAAUACCACCAUUAUAAAUUAUCUAGGAUUAAUUUGAACGAUCACAUUGUUCCUGUGGGUGGCGAAGAAAAUGAACAAGAUGCUGGUGAAGUUCGUCGUGGUCAGCAAGUCGAGUUAGAUACUUUGAACCGUGAAAUGAGCUGGACAACUGUAUUAUCUAACAUUUUAAACCGUGGGGAAGUGAAAUCUGUUACAGCUCUUCUGAUGUUUUUCACUUUAAUUUACAUUUUAUUACAAACCGUGGCUUUCAACUGGGAACAAUUUAGAACAUUUGCCCUAGAGUAUGUGAUUAAGAUGUUCUUUCCCAAGAAAGGCGUUUUCGUUUCAAAAUAUCUAAAGAAGGUAUCAGAUUACGAAUCUCUGAACUUCCUGGUGUUAUUCAUGUGUAUCAAUGGGAUCAAAUUAUCUGCUGAAGUUUACGGUUACAGAAAUCGUACCUUUUCUAUGAUGUUCAAGCUUUUUAUUAAAACUUUGUUCACAAGAAUGAAGUUCAUGUUAAUAACGACUUUCCCCUUGGUGAUCUCAUGGUUAUUCAUGUCCACUGUAGAAUAUUGGAUUCAUCCUGAAGUCUACACAUCAUGGGGUGCAUCCUUUAGAUUUUUAUGGCGUUACAGAUUAAUGCCAGAAUCCGAUUCUGUACCAUGGACAGUACCCCAACACUUGUGCUAUAUUAUGAUUUGCAUCAUCCUCGGUAAUCAUUUGGUUUGGUCCAUUGGUGCCACUUCUAAGAAAUGGUUUGGUGCCGCUGUUCAAAACGUAAAGGACGAGGUUUACGCUAGGGGAAGAAUUUUGGAAAAUUUUUCCAAUAAUGAAUAA